AUGCUUGCCCAGAGCCCUAGAAGUACCCCUCCGCCCACACCACUCCUUACUAUUUUAAAUGCGGGUCUCAAGCCAAAGCUGCUAACGAGGUUGGAGAAACAGGUGAACAGGAAGACAGCGGUGGCGCUGAAGGAGCUGAGCCAGCAAAUCCAAGAAACUAAAUGCCGGCGGGAAAGGCUGCUAAAGGACACCAGGCAGCUGCUGGAAGAAAAACACCGUGUGCAGGCUGAAAACCAGCUUUUCAUGGACUACCUGCACAAAAGCAGCGAGCGGUGUGAGAAGAAACGGGAGGCGCUGUGGAAGCAAUGUGCCCAGGAGUGUGGCGAGAUAGAGCAAAGGCGACAAGAGCUGGCAUCCAGAUACACCCAGAGAAACGCAGCCCUUCGAGCACAGCUCCUGCAGGGCAGAAAGACCCAGGAGGACUUAAGGCAGCAGCUGCAGGCACUGAAGACCGUUUACACGGUAAAGGAAAGGCAGGACACGACAAUACAGACCUUGGAGAAGGAGAAAGAGAAAAUCCGAGGUGAGACAGCGGCCAAGGACCAGGAGGCACACAUCCGGUUCCUUCGGGAGAAGGCCCUCAUGGAGAAGGAGCUGCAAGAGUUGGACUUGAUGGAGCUGGGGCAGAUCAGCACUAAGGGGCUUACGAGGAAGUACAAGGCCUGGGCGCAGGCCUGCAAGCAGGCUCAUUUUGAGUUCUGUGGCAGUCUCCACAGAGAGAACCAGCAGCUACGGAAGGAGCUCCAGCAACUGAGUCAGGAAUACCGGAAGGUGGAAGCUGUGAGAAUCGGGUUGGAGAAGCAGCAGCAGCUGGUGAAGGAGGAGCAGUGGUAUCUAGAAGCCUUGACCAGGGGUCGGCGGCGGCUGCAGGCAGAACGUGAGCGCCACCGUGCUCAUAAUCCAUGCCUUAAGGAACAGAGUGCUUCGAAGACCAUGCUGAGCACCAAAUCAAGAACAAAUUCAAAGUAA